CACCGAUUAAUUAGAUCUGGAGAAGGCAGUUUUUGGUUGGGAGUUAACGUAAAUAAAAUCCAAAAUACAGUUUUAAAUAUAAAAUAAAAUAAAUAAACUCAAAAACCAGGAACUAUUACUUUUCGCCGAAGAAGAAGAUUCCCUCUCUAACCUACGUCGAUAAAUCUACGAGGGAGCUUGACCUUGAGCAACAGAGAGAGAUGGGUUUCUUCUCGUUUCUUGGAAGAGUUCUCUUCGCUUCUCUUUUCAUCCUCUCCGCUUGGCAAAUGUUCAAUGACUUUGGAGUUGAUGGUGGUCCUGCAGCUACAGAGCUGGCUCCAAAGCUUCAUCUGGCCAAGUCACAUCUAUCUUCUAGGUUAGGUGUAACUUUGCCUAGCGUAGAGGUAAAACAAGUCGUUGCUGCUAUAAUUGCAUUAAAAGGAGUUGGAGGCUUACUCUUUGUUAUCGGAAACAUCUUCGGUGCUUAUCUUCUGGCUGUCUACCUUGCGGUUUUCAGUCCUAUUCUGUAUGAUUUCUACAACUACGGACCUGAGGAGCGUCAUUUCUCUCUAUUGUUGACUGAGUUCUUGCAGAGCGUUGCACUCUUUGGAGCAUUACUCUUCUUUAUUGGAAUGAAGAACUCAACACCCACUAAGAGGAAUCUGAAGAGGACUCCUAAGCCCAAAGCUGCUUAGUAUCUUUUUUUUUUUAUGUAACUUUUGUUCGGACAAAAUCGCUUCUUAGCACUUUGGUUUUCUUUUUGUUGUGUGAUUCUUAGAUUGGCUCAUGAUAUCAUAUUAGUAUCUUUUACUUGA